AUGUCUGUCAACGUCAACCGCAGUGUUUCCGAUCAGUUUUAUCGGUACAAAAUGCCCCGUCUGAUUGCCAAGGUAUGAUUUCCCUGUGAUGCCCUUAACAUAAUCAAUACAUUUAUAACUUCUUAUUGCAUUGAUUAUGUUGUUUCUGUUACAGGUAGAGGGCAAAGGAAAUGGAAUAAAGACAGUAAUAGUCAACAUGGUUGAUGUUGCAAAGGCGCUUAAUCGGCCUCCAACGUGUAAGUGUCCAUUCAUUAUUAAUGCUAUAACAUUGAUAUCCCUAUUAAAUGUUGCUCUGGUAUCACAUUGGCAAUCAAAUCUGCUAACGCUCCAUGUAUUGUGCACAUUAAAGCGACGAUAUAGUCACCAGAACUACAGCUUAAUGUAGUUGUUCUGGUGUCUAUUGCCUGUGCCUGUUUUUUUUAACAUACAGUGCUGGGAAAAGGUGAGUAAAUUCUCUUUUCUUAACGGGGUGACAGGGGCAGGCUGACACUAUAAAAUGGCUAUAUUAAAUGUAGUUUCAUGAAUGCACGUUUGUAUUCCUAGUGGGAACUAGUGUUCCCAGAAUUGUCACAUGUAACUAUUUAAAUUAAUAUAGUCAUUAUCAGGUGUGGGUUUGGUUUGUAUUUAAAGGGUUACUCCAAUUAUAAACAGUAACUCUGACUCUCCUGGUCCUGUAAUCUCACACCUGUGGUGGAGGGGGUGUGGCCAUCUUGACAAUGAUGCUGGUGUAGGUGGGGUUAACUAUGGCAGUAAAGGGCUAUAUUUCUGUGCAGUAUUUCAUAGUGGAAUUGUGCAUUGAGUAAUGCUUAGCACUGCUGAAAAUGUCACAAUUGAUUUACUGCUGUUUGUAUAGUCCAGGUUUGUGUAUGGGAACAUAGUUGUUUUUAUUAAAACAUAACUAGCUCAACCCUCAUUUCCGAUUUUUUUAUUCUUCAUGUUUGCCCUACCAAAUUUCUGUCUGAACUUAUGUGGUUUUUGUAAACAUAGGUUUUAUCUUUGCAUUUAAUUUAUAAAUAAGGGAGGGGUAUGGGGGGUUAAAGUUUAAGGAAACCUAGGGGUCAGACACCUACUUUCAGCAAAUUCUGACAGCUUUGCUUGUAAGUUGCGUGUUAUUCCCCAUGAUUACACCUGACAUUGAAUGAAAGACUUUGCAUGUGAAAAUGCUUUAGUGCCCCAAAUUUCGGUUCUGCUUCAGACUUGGCAGGAUCACCAUAACAUUUAAUUUAAAACCAUUUUAGAUGGCUGCUGUCAUAUGGAACAACUAGACAGACUAUUGCUGGAAGUCAAACUCCAAAUGGGUUGUUCUGUUUAAUUGGGUUGCAUAUCUUGUGGUAAAAAGUUACAAAUAAGAUAUGUCCCAUCAUGCUCUUCCUUGUAAACCUGUUCUCAUGCAGUGCUGAAUGUCAAUUGGCUCCUUCAAUGAUGAUUUACAUGGUUAUUUAAAGGGUGAAUUAAAAGUAGGUCAAUGCCUGUAUGCUUUCUAUUCAGCUACUCUGCCUUAAAUUUAAAAUCCAUUUUCAACUCCCCUUGAAUUCUCACUUUAGUGAAUAACCCAGUUAGAGGCAAAAAGCAAAAUUAAAAAAGGCAAUGUUGUAUUUUAAUUCAACAUUGUUUUCCAUGUCAAUAGCAAGCAAAGCUAUUUUGCAAGUGUCAUAUUUAGGUCUUUAUGGAUGUCUUCUAGUGUGCUGCUCUUUUCUGUAACAUUGUCAUUGGCAGACUUGCUAUUCGGCAUGGACAGUACGGAACUUUAACCCCUGUGAGACUAGAGCCCUGCAAAUUCAAUUUUUAUAUAUAAUUUGUAUGUGUAUGUAUAAUAUAUAAUUGUAUUUAUUUUUUCUUUUGUGUGCUUGUUUAGACAUGUCCUAAAAUGUUUUUGGUAUGUUUGCAGAUCCCACCAAAUUUUUUGGUUGUGAGCUGGGAGCACAGACCCAGUUUGAUGUUAAGAAUGACCGUUUCAUUGUCAAUGGAUCUCAUGAGGCAAAUAAGCUGCAAGACAUGUUGGAUGGUUUUAUUAAGAAGUUUGUUCUAUGUCCUGAGUGUGAUAAUCCUGAAACUGAUCUGGUAGGUUAAAACAACUUUGUCAGACAGAUUUCAUUUUUGAUAAAGCAAAUUUUGUUCAACUAUUGAACAGUCAUAUUAAUUUUUUUGUAAUUUUUUUUUUUGUACAGCAUGUCAAUCCCAAGAAACAAACAAUAGGCAAUUCUUGCAAAGCCUGUGGCUACAGAGGCAUGCUGGAUACAAACCAUAAGCUCUGUACUUUCAUUCUCAAAAACCCACCAGGUGAGUGUCAGGCACUAUGUUUUGGACAUCAGCAGAACUUUGGUUUCAAUUCCAUAGAACUGAAACUCUUGUUAAAAGUUUGGAUUACCUGCCUCACCAUUGCAUGUAGAUUGCUUUGCAAUUUAUCUGAUCAAUUAUACUAAAUUUUAGUUGUUAAACCCUCCAGGAUAGUGCUACUUAAAUGGUUACUCUGACCCGUUAAUGGAGAAAAGGGGUUCAAGCAUCCCCUCACAGGCACACUGCCUGCAACGCUAGAAGCUCAUUACAUCUGUCGCCGGCAUACCGUGUUGUAAAACUGGAGAGUCCAUAUGCUACUCGCCGGGCUAGAUUUUCACUCCCUAUUGGUCCUGCACAUGUGUAUGCAUAUUGUUGUUCUGUUCUCUCCUAAAGGUUCUAAUUAUUCAGUUUAUCAAUUUGAAAUCAUUCAUGUGUGGCUUUAGAAAAGGGGGAAUAAAAAUUUGGAAUUUGUUGACACCGUUAAAAGUAUAUCCAAGCAUAUCAGUUGGAAAUUAAAUGGAUCAUAUCAUGAAAACUGAGCUUUUUUCGUGAAAAAUUUAAUGGAUUGGGAUUAAAGGUCUUUGAAUUGUCCAUUGCUUCUCGUGCAAGCCACACUCUGGGGCAGAUGACUUUCUUCUGUCACAAUUUUUCGCUUGCUAAAUUAAUCACAAGCCUAAGAUUACAGUAUUUUCUUUGAGAAAUGUACUAUUCUGUAGGCUAUUGACAUUAAAGUAUUUAAGUCAAAGUCUGAAUAUUGUGGAGCUCAAAUGAGAAGGUACUUAACUUAUUUUCUGUCUUGUAGAGAAUACAGACAGUGGUACAGGCAAAAAGGAAAAGGAUAAGAAGAACAGGAAGGGAAAAGAAAAAGAAAAUGGUUCAGUAGCAAACAACGAGUCCCCCGUUCUAACAGAACUCAACCCUCCUAACGUGGUGAGUUAACCUGUCUUAUGUACCCAGUGUGAAUUGUUUUUUCUUGUUAAACUUGCACACAGAUGUUUUGAUGUAACUUUACUGUAAAUUAUUUAAUAUAGAAUGCAGAUGAAGAUGACGAAGACUGGGGGGAAGAGACAACCGCUGAGGCUCAAGAACGUAGAAUGCAAGAAAUAAGUAAUCAUGCAAAAAACCUUACACUUACGGAAGACCUGGAGAGAUCUAUUGAAGAUCGCGUGAAUCUAUUAUUUGACUAUGUCAAGGUAUGUAUAUUUAAUGUAAUAUUUCUACUGUGACACUUAUAUAAGUUUAGUAUUUACUUAAAGUCUAUUUAUUUACAGAAAAAGAAAGAAGAAGGCGUUAUUGACUCAUCUGACAAAGAUAUUUUGGCUGAAGCUGAAAGGCUUGAGGUGACAGCCAUGGGACCGUUGGUCUUAACUGAGGUUCUGUUUAAUGACCAGAUCAGAGAUCAGAUAAAGAAAUACAGACGUCACUUCCUCCGUGUAAGUUUCAAAGAGAGGUAUCUUUUCCCGAGUCUGAAUUUCAGUAGGGGCAAUUUAGUGUGGGUUGUGUUGUAAGAUGUCUGGGUUUUUGUUUUUAUGCCAUUGAUCCAUAUGCAUGCAUGGCGACAUCUCCAAAAUUAUUUACAUGUUUGUAAACUAAACGUCUUUCUGAAGCAUGCACAGCUACAGUAGCAUAUAGAUGCAUUGACUGUUACUUGAAAUACCAGAUAAAGUGUUGCCUUUUUUGUUUUGUUUUUUAGUUUUGCCAUAAUAACAAAAAAGCACAGAAGUACCUACUCCAUGGUUUUGAGUGUGUUGUGGAUAUACACCAGUCACAUCUCCUGUCCAAAAUACCACAUAUCCUAAAAGAAAUGUAUGAUGCAGACCUCCUAGAAGAGGAUGUAAUUAUCAGCUGGGCUGAAAAGGUGGGUGAAAUUCAUUGUAAGUAAAUGUGAAAACUUUAUCUACUAGGCUUAUAUGCCUCAUGCCCUUAACACUAAGUAUUAGCAGUAGUUAUUUUCGAAUUACUUUGGGGUUAUGACAGAUCCUAGGGAAUUUCAUUUUCUAGUGGGAAAACAUGGUUUUAGUUCUUCUGCAAUCUUGAGCGUGCAUGGCAUCUUAAAGGCACUCCAGUCUGAUGUUAACCAUUAACUUUACGCUGUAGGGAAAAUAGGGGUACAGGUAUAAAUCCAGCAUAGUAGUACAUUUCCUCUAAACGUCAACAUCCCUGAUGUAAUGACAUCCUAUAUGGGAAGCCUAUUGACUUUAAUGUAACUUCUCUAAUUAGGCCCUGGCACCUAAACCAUAUAUGGAAACAGGGGCAUAUGGUUCUCAGUCAGGAGGAUCACGUAUAAAGCUGGGGUGAGGGUGUGAGCCUCUCAAGUAUGUGCUUGUGCUUCCCAAGUAAUAUACCUUGAUGUUUCCAUUAUGAUUCUACAUGUGAUUCUGCAAGCGUGGCAGGGGUUUCUCGGUCUCUGUCACCUUCAUGUUAAUGUUGCUGGAGUCCUGCAUCUAGCUGGUGGGGUGGGGGAGGAGAUAUGUUAUCCAGAUCCAUGUACCAAUACUCUGCACUAGGAUCUACAACUUUGUUUAAUUGCAGAGCCCCUCAGACACCAGGCAUUGCCUUGAUAUCUUUAUCAAGCUCUUCUUUUCUUCGGUGGUUUUAGAUUUGAGCCGUUUUUAAUUUGAGACAAAGGGGAUUUAUGAUUUUUGGUUUUGCAGAGUAAUUUUGCUAGUAAAUAUCAGAUUGUCCCCAAGAUCGUGCCUGUGAAACCUGAAAAUAUGGCUUAGCUCCUUGCAUAUGUAUGUACUAUUAACCAAUUUGUGUGCUACCUGUUAACAAGAUUUCUGUGCUUUUGUAGCCUUCAAAAAAGUAUGUCUCUAAAGAGCUUGCCAAAGAUAUACGUGCAAAGGCAGAACCAUUCAUUAAAUGGCUGAAAGAAGCAGAGGAAGAGUCUUCUGGUGAAGAUGAUGAUGAUGAAGAGGAAGAGGAAGAUGAAAACCUUGAAGUAAGUUUAGUCUUGAGCAGUUACUGUGGUGUCUUGUCUUUUUGGGGGGGUGGGGAUUUCCUAUAUACAUUAAUUGUGUUUUUGUCUCUGCAGGUUGUGUAUUCAGCAACUGUGAGCGUUCCAAAAGUGGAAACUGUCAAGUCACCUGUUGAGAAAGAUGAUGACCUUGAUAUUGAUGCCAUUUAA